UACGACAUUAUCAAGUUUGCAAGCGUUCAGAUGAUACAUAAAUAGUUAUUUAAUGUUCAUUUAAAGUAUUGUGCGAUAAAAUACGAGUAUUCACUUAAAAUGGAAUCUAGCAAAUCAGACUCGACCCCAAAGCAAGCUAUGGUGUAUAUUUGCGGAGAAUGUCAUCACGACAACGAAAUACGUCCCAGGGAUCCAAUCCGAUGUAGGGAGUGUGGAUACAGAAUUAUGUACAAGAAACGUACCAAGAGACUUGUUGUAUUCGAUGCCCGGUAAUAUGUAAGCAAAUGUUAUAAAAUUAAGGAUAUGAAUAAAGAAGAUGCUGCAACUUUGAAGAAUGUUUUAGUAUUAUGUAUAUAUUAACGUUUAAUGUAAAGG